CACUUCACAAUGGCCUCGAUCACCCAGGACCCCAAGUACGACCACUACGACUUCCCCACCGUCUCCAACACCAACCAGAGCGGACACCCCGGCCACACCACACCCGAGCAGGAUGCCCAAGUCCACCAGCUCCGCGCUGCUCUCGAGCAGGCUGGUUACCACGAGCGCCUCGACACCCUGACCAUGCUUCGUUUCCUGCGCGCCAGAAAGUUCAACGUCGAGCAUGCUAAGCAGAUGUAUGNNUUCGUCGAUUGCGAGAAGUGGAGAAAGGAGUUCGGUGGCGGUGUCGACCACUUGUUGCAGACUUUCGAGUACAAGGAGAAGACUGAGGUCUUCAAGUACUACNCCCAGUACUACCACAAGACCGACAAGGAUGGACGCCCCCUUUACAUUGAGCAGCUCGGCAAGAUCAACCUCAACGCCAUGUACAAGAUCACCUCCGAGGACCGCAUGUUGCAAAACCUCGUCGUCGAGUACGAGAAGGUCGCUGACCCUCGUCUGCCCGCCUGCUCGCGCAAGUCUGGCCACCUCCUCGAAACCUCCUGCACCAUCAUGGACCUUAAGGGUGUCGGUCUCACCAACGUUAGCAGCGUUUACGGAUACGUGCAAAAGGCUUCUGCCAUCUCGCAAAACUACUACCCCGAACGCAUGGGCAAGCUCUACCUCAUCAACGCUCCCUGGGGCUUUUCAUCCGUCUUCAGCAUGGUCAAGAAGUUCCUCGACCCCGUCACUGUCGCAAAGAUCCACGUUCUCGGCAGCGGUUACGAGAAGGAGUUGCUCGCCCAGAUCCCUAAGGAGAACCUGCCCAAGCAAUUCGGUGGUUCCUGCCAGUGCCAGGGCGGCUGUGAGCUGUCCGACGCCGGCCCAUGGCAAGACUCGCAGUGGGUCAAGCCCGCUGCUUGGGAGAAGAAGGGUGACAAUGUCAUCGAAAACCCCGAUGCCUCAGUCAGCCACGGUCUUCCUGGUGACGCUCCUGCCGGCAUGACCGCUGGUACUGCUCCUCAGGGCCACACUCACGGUGUUCCCGCCCCGCAAUAA